CAACGACCUCGCUUGUUUUCGCUUUUCCCGAACCCGAGUUCCAAAUGGCGCUUCACUAAAAUUGACCGCGAAAAUAUUGAUGUUCUUUUUCAUGAAGCCAAAAUCCCAAAAGAGAAUGAUGAGAGUCAAUUUUCACUUGCUGCACGACGCUUUUUUGAUUUAUUUGAUUUUACGAAAUUGAAGAUCCACAGUGACUUUAACCAGGGCGAAAUCAAUGAUCACUUCAAUCCUUGUUUCUUGGGCCCCAAUAGAAACAGUCCCUAUGUCGCCUAUUAUGGUGAGAAUCAAGUCAGGAAACUGUCUAGCAAAGAAUACUAUUCCAUGUCAGGAUCACCUAACCGAUCAGAAAAAAAAGAUCAGUUGAAGACAGUACAAGGGCUAAAGAAGCUGGAGACAAGAAUUCCCAUCCCAAAAACAUCAAGCGUGGAUAACUAUGAGAUACAUGUAAAUUACAUGAUGACACACCUGCCCAAUUUUUUUGGUUUCUACAGCUUCCGGACGGCCUCAAUCAGAUGGAGAAACUACGUUGGCCGACAAUGUGCCUUAGAUGAAGCUGUUAAUAUUUUGUUAAGUGGCGGCAAAAAGUACAAUCCAGCAAAAAGGAAAAGAACAAAGUCCAACCGACGAUAA